GAGCUGGGCAGGGGGGCUGCACUCGCAGGCUUCACAGUGACGUGAUCGGGCCCUGCAGAGGGGGAUUGCCGGGAUUCAUGGAGGGCAGGUUGUGCUGCCUCGGAGCCAAAGCCCGCAGCCGGGGGAGCGUGGCCUGAUGUGGUGCAGCUGCUGAGCGAUGCCUCUUUGCUGCGGUGCUGCAAGGAGCUGGUAGGGAGGAGAUGAAUCAACUCCCUCGGUGUGGCAUCCCUCCUGGUCCCCCAGCAGCGUGUUGUCUCCCUGAGCUUCCCACUGACUGAAGCGAAGGUGAGACGUUCAGCAGAUCUAUGUCAGAAAUGCACUGUGGCCAGCAGAGCAAACUGCAAAGACUGGUGGAGCUGCUGGCUAUGGAGGAGUGAUGCUUUUAAGCCCUUUUGUGUGGCUGGAAGAUUUUUAAACAAAUCAAUAAGGAUUUCACGCAGUGGAAAAGCACUUUUCCUUAGGACAAGAUUGGGGCAUGUGGUUUAGGCUCUGCCUAUGUCCCGUUGGCAGAGCAGAUUCAGAACAGGUUGUUUUUGCCUGCUGCCGUGGCAGUGAAGCAGGAAUAACCCAUCCCACCUUCCUGAAGUCCCACUCUUGUGUCUGCAGUGACCUGGCCAAUUUUGUUAUUCUUUGAUUUUUUAUUUUUUUUUCAACAGAAACGAUGGUGCAAACACCAGUUCAUUGAAAAAGAGCUGUGGUGUUCUCCUCAUAGGCCAGCUGUGGCUGCUUGCUGCUUAGAGUGGCCAGAGUCCUAGGAAGCUGCAAUUGUGCAGGAAGACGUUUCUCUGUUUCCUGGAUAGUUCUGCUUUUAGGUUUUCAACUGCCUAUUUUUUUUUUAAUUAUUUGUUUCAGUUGCUGUACCGUAAUGUGUUUUUUCUGUGCAAAACAAUCCCAAUAUUGAUUUUUUUUCUGAUGUGCUGUGGGUUUGGCUCAUGUCUUCACUGUCCUUGCCUUGCAUGGGAGCCAUGUCCCAUGAGGAACACGCAGGAUUUGAAUUAAAAGAAGCCAUCUUUCAUGCCACCACGGGAAAAGAUAGUUAUUUUCUUCAUCUUUGUUAGUCUUCCCCUUUUUUUUUUUAAUUUUUUUUUGUGGCUGUCUGGUUUCCCCGGAACUGGCGGGUGGUUUGGUUCAGCAGCACUGUCGGUGGGGAGAUCGGUGUCCACCGAGAUCUCGCUUGGCUCCGACAGCCCAAGGUGAAAGCCACGUAGUGGUGAGGCGAGCUCCCGGAAAACUGAGCCUGGCUCCAGCAGGAGCUACAGGGAUUCAAGUAUUUGUGCUUCGUCAGGAGGUUUCUGGCCAUGGGAGCGUGCCCGGGAGAUCGCGGCUGAGCCGGCCGGCCUUGGGGAAGCCGCUCGGCCCGGCCGGCUUGCGCUCCGUAAUUGGGGGCAGCAACCAGCCGCCUUUGAUGUCUGAGCCGGGCUGAGAAAACCUGAUGGCAGACUUCAAAGUCUGUUGCGCCAGCUCCCCUGAUUAUCUGUAGGCUUCUGGCGCGUCCCCCAAGACUGCCAGAUUAUCCCAGCUCAUCCUGAGCUCUUCCCUGCGUCCCCCCACCCUGCCCGGCGCCAGCCUCUCACUUUCGAGGCUGCAGUCUCCAUCCCUCCCUGCCCUCCUGCCUCUCCGCAGCCACCGUGGGCAUACGGCAAUGGCAUUGCUGGGGGCGGGGGGGCAGGGCUCCUGAGAUGUGCGAAGUGGAGGCGGCGUUUUUGGAGAGUGUACCUCCAGCCUGCACCCCUGGGCUCUAUUUCCCCUCCCCAUUCGGUUGCAAGAGCAGCCUGAAAUGCAGAGAGCUCUCUGCAGCUGCCCUUUUGCACGGCACAGAGGUGUUUACGUCCAAGCAGGCACCAUGUGCCUUUCCCUUCCUGACAGCCUUUGGGGAGCAGGGCUCCCACCCACGCUGCUCCUGGGCAGGAUGCGCAAGCUGAAGGGGGCUGGGAGGAGAGGCCUGUGAUGUCUUUUUCCCUUUCAGCUUCUCUGCUGGGACCUUGAUGCCUCAGAUUAGUCUCUGUCUCCUUUUGCCACCUGCUUUUCUCUGCUCUGGGUGCCCCGGGGUGCCCAUCUGUGUGCAUAGAGAUGUGACGGGCAGGUCACUGCUGAGGGCUGGCUGGGAUGGGGGUUAGGAGGUGGUAGAGCCAGGGGGCUGAGCAGAGGCCCCAGAGCUCACACCCCUCCCAGAAAUGACAAAAACUCAUGGGGGAGCCCUCCCUUUUAAGAGCUGGUUUUGGCUGUGUUUUGGUUCUUUGUUUUUAUCUCCCAGACCAAGCAACCUUGGCAGUGGCUGAAAACCCUUCCUGUGAAAAGCUGGAUUUGCCCACAACAUGGUUUGAUUUCUUUGGAAGGUGGGGUUUGUUGCAACUUUGCAGUGGAAGCCAGCAAUGAAUGUGAUGGCUGCAGGCAGAGGAAACCACAGCUUCCCUAAUCCCAGGCACCAGGACGGGGUGAGGGAGCUUGUGGGAGCCAUACAACCAGGGAUCCAGUCUGUAGCCUUUCCCCUGUGGUUGCCUAAGUGCUUUUGGGUCUCAGCUGGCUCUUCCCUCUAAAAAUCAACACUGAGUAUGGGGUCACACUCUUCAUCCUCAGCAGCUUCCUUUAUAGCAUUUCUACCCUGAUGUGGGAGUGAUCCCUAUUCUACCCCUCCCCAGGCUCCUCCUUGUAGCGUGUAAGAUGAGUAUCUGGUCAGUACUUGUCUAUCCAGGAGGUUUCCAAGCCACCAUGGAUGUUGCUGAUGGCUGCACUGGGCUUGGUAAAACUUUCCACACUGCAUUUUUGGUGGUGUUUUUCUGGAAAGCCUUGGCCCAAAGUGGCCGAGCAGCAUCCAAAAAGGGUGCCUUCAAAGGAAUCCAGGGAGGCAGGAAGAAGGAGAAUGGAUAUGUGAGUUAUUAAAGAUGGUCAUCACCAGUGUGGAAGGCAAAGCCAGUUCUGUGGGCAAGCUCAUCUCCAGUCUUAUGGUUUUAUGCUUCUGGACUGGGAGAUGGUGCUGCCAUGCUGGGGUGUGCUGAGAAGCAGCCCUGCUGCUGCAGUGCUGGCAGUAGCCAGGCUUUUCCAAAGGCUAGAGGUCAGUAGUGUUUAAUCCCCAUGGGCCUGGUGCAGCACUUCAGUUCCCCAAGUGAGGUGCACGGGCACAGGCACCACCUGGCUCAGAGGAGGCAAGCCCUCUGCUCCAUGUAGGUAUGGGCAGGGACCCUCUGUACUACCUAAGAACCAUAUUUCCCCCUCACUUCCUCCCUGGUGUCAUUCCCAGGAAAGCAGGGCAAGGAAAUCUUUCUCCCCAUGGAUUUAGAUUCACUGAUGUGGUUUCUAAUGGCAAUGCUGUCUUUGUAAAAGAUUCUCUGAUCCCCCUCCUUUACUCUGCCUCAUGUGGUUAACAGCCCUGCUGUAUCUCUGCUUGAACUGAUUUCACAGGGAGGAAGAGGGUGAGUUUUACACCGUGCAGUCCCAGGAAGAGGGAGCUGUUGGUUUUGUCCACAGAGCAUCAUCAUUGCCAGGGGCAGGGCUGGGCUAGGCAAUCCUAUUCUCCCUGGUUUCUCUACUGCAAAUGUAAACAGCGACUCAUGCAUCAUUAGAGUUGCAAGCUUGGAGUUAAACAGUCCCCGAGUGUGUAUUUAUCUGCACACUGACUGUCGGGAGCUCACUGAGGUUGAACUCCAAGUUUCCUUUCCAUUUACUCUGUCGCUGCAGCAGAGGUGCUUUUGAUGCUUUCCCUCCUCCAAAGCUGUGAGUGGAUUGGCUUACUGUCAACAGGAUCAUUCCCCAGGGCACUCCUGGCCGUGGGUUGCUCUUGGAAAGCAAACCUCUUCAUCCCUUUCCUUCUGAGGUGGGAAGGUUCCAUCCUGCAGCAGGGAAUGGAAGCCUACCAUGCAGUUGUGUGCCUGGCUGUGUCCUGCUGCCUUAGGGCCUGGGCCCUCCUCACCAACAGGUGUGCUGGAGCACUCCACCACUUGCCAGCCUCUGCUGUACCUGCUCACCUUCUCUGAGGAGUCAGUGCAUGGGUUUCAGCCCUGCAUUGCCCCUUCUUCCCCCCAAACAGGUGCUUCUCUGCUCCAUUUCAUUGCAGUGAGGUUGGAUGGCAGGGGACUGGUGGGAUCCUGCAGGGAUCUCUCUGCCUGCUGCAGCAGGCCAUCCUCCAGUCUGGUUUUGGCUUUCUGGAGAGCUGUGUGGUGCUAUGGGAGCUGUGUGCCCAGGCUGAUGAGGAGUUGGCUACUGGAGGGUUGAGCCUUGCAGCUAGGGAGGGGCCUCUACCUCCAUCUCCUGGCCCUUCAGGAUGUCACACGAGUUGAUUUUUUUUUUUUUAAUGGGGAAAAGAGGGACUUUGUGUUUGUUUUGGUUCGUUACACCAAUCUCAUUCCCUCUAGGAGCCCCCUGGGAUCAAGCAAGAGGAGUUGUUUUACAGUUGGUUUUUGCUUGUGAAUCCCUGAGCUAAUUUAGUCACUCAGUCAAUUCCUCCAGCAGCACAGUGGGAGCAGCAUGGCUCAGGGGUAAAUGCUUUGUGCCACCAGCCUUUCUGGGGAAAAAAACCCCAACAACCCCAAACCAAACAAAACAACCUCCUUCCCCCCAAAAAAAACCAAACCCACUCCCCCCCAAACAAAUAACUUCAGAGAGUAUCUCUGAAUUGAACUCAUCUCCAGUGUUUGGCUGCAUACCUGAGAGACUGGGUUUUCCCUGCCCAGGAUGUGCCCCUGUCAGCCUCCCACCAUGUCCCUGGCACCUGCCAAGAGGAGCAGCAGCGUGUCCCAGACCAUGUGGUGGUGAUGCCACAGCACUUGCCUCUGGGAUUGUGCUGGAGCCUCCUGGUCUUACCCCUCCAGAGCAGCUCCUCUGUAGCCUCAUCACCCUUAUGAGCAUUGCUGGGCCGGGAUCCCCCACAUCCAAGUGCCUGCCCAUGGAAUAUGCAUACAGGAUAGCAUUCCUGGGUGAUUUCUGGCUCUGUGGUGAUCCUUCAGGAACCAAUAAGCUGGCUGGACUGUCUGUUAUGGUGGAGGGUCUCCUGACUAAGCAGCUGAUGGGCUGGUGGGGGUACUGUGGGAGAGACACCCCACUCGGGGUGCCCUACUGCACCCUGAGGCAGAGCUGCAUCAGCUAUCUCCAAGGAGCACUGUGCCACCCCAACCUGUACAUAAGGCAUCAUGCUGCUGUCUUGCAGCUAUGGGAAAUAAACAGCUGCAAGAAGCUUCAGCCCCAGAAAUCUGCCUCCAUGCCUCCCUGGAAUCCAGCUCCUUGCCCCCGCUGCUGGCAGGGGGGCUGCUGUCAGACAGCAAACCCACAGCCAGUGGGCACCUUGCACAGACACAGUGGCAGAAGGGGCUUUGGGCAUCAUGCUUGCCCAGGCGUCUUGGGGAUGGGGUGCUGGCUGUCACCUCCCAGAGGGUGUCACUUUGCCGUGUCACCGCACUCCCUAAGCUCUCUCUGCCACACUAAGUAGAGGAAACCACCACUGACAGGCAGUUUCCUCCCACCCACUUUCAGAAUAGCGGGGUGGCUGUUGCCAUAGCCUGUGAGAACCCACCACCGCCCCUCUGGCAAAGGAUCCAAGCAGAGAUGAUUCCAAUGGGGCUGGCACAGUGCCUGGCGGCUGCCUUCCUCUUCCUCCUCGUCCUGGGUCUGACCCCUGCCCAGCGCGUGGUGACCGUGCAGCAGGGGCCCCUCCACCGCGUGAGGGGCUCCCACGUCACGCUGUGGUGCAAGGUGAGCGGCUACCAGGGCCCGGCGGAGCAGAACUUCCAGUGGUCCAUCUACCUGCCCUCGGCCCCCGAGCGGGAGGUGCAGAUCGUCAGCACCGUCGACCCCUCGUUCCCCUACGCCAUCUACACCCAGCGCGUGCGCGGCCGCGGGAUCUACGUGGAGCGGGUGCAGGGGGACGCCGUCCUGCUGCACAUCACGGAGCUGCAGGACCGCGACGCCGGGGAGUACGAGUGCCACACGCCCAACACCGACGAGAGGUACUUCGGGAGCUACAGCGCCAAGAUGAACCUCUCAGUGAUUGCAGACACCCUCUCAGCUUCCAUGGCACCCCAGGUCCUCACCCUCACUGAAGGGGAUGUGGUGGAGCUCACCUGUGAGGUGUCCAAGUCCACCACCCAGCACACACAUCUCUCAGUUGGCUGGUACCACCUUCGGGGAGCAGGAGAGCACCAAGCUGAGGAGGUCCUCACCCUCUCCAAGGACUUCAUCCUGAAGCCAGGGCCCUCUUACGUGCAGAGGUUUCUGGUGGGGGACGUGAGGCUGAACAAGGUUGGGAACACCACGUACAAGCUCUUCCUUGGGGGAGUGAAGCCAUCUGACCAAGGGCAGCUGUACUGUGAGGCAGCCGAGUGGAUUGAGGAUCCUGACAAGACUUGGAAGGAUAUCUCCCGCAAGCAGACAGAGAGGACGUCGCUGACAGUCAUGAGCCAGGGCAGAGACCUCUCUGUGGACAUUGCUGCUGCUGAAAACUCCCUUUCUGAAGGGGAUACUUUACAGCUGAAUUGCACGGUGGAAGCUCAGAAGAGCGGCAGCAGGCACUUCCAAGUGAUUUGGCUCCUCAAUAACAUGGAAGUGGCCAGGGUUGACCCCCAUGGGGUAUUGACUUGGGAGGAAGAAUAUAAGGAGAGAGCCAAGCUGGGGCAGCUCCGAGCACUCAAGCCAAGCAACACAAUUUAUGCUCUCACCAUCUAUGAGGCGGGGCUGAGGGACAAUGGUACAUAUCGCUGCUCUGUGUCAGAAAUGAAGACUCCUGGAGACUUGCACGGCAUCCAAACCAACCUGUCAUCAGGCAUCCAAGUCAACGUGAAGCCGAUAGAGAGCCGCAUGCGCCUGUCCGUGUCCACCAGCACGCCGCAGGUCACGGCAGGAGACUCCCUGAUCCUCCUCUGUGAGGUGCAAGGAGCCACCAGCCCCGUGUCUGUGCAGUGGUGGCACCUGCCCCCACAGCGCCCAGGUCCCGGGGUGCUGGUGGCCACCAUGGAGCAGGAUGGCAGCCUGAGGCUGGGGAGCGCCUACCAGGACGGCAGGACUUGGGGGAGCCUCCGGCUGGAGAAAGCGAGCUCUGGCACCUUCACCCUGGUGAUCCCCAGCACACUGGAUGAGGACGAUGGUGGGAAGUACAGAUGUGAAGCAACAGAGUGGUCCCGAGGCCAAAGCUGGACAGAGCAAGGGGAGGCAGCAGUGACAGUCAGCUCCAUGGGUCUCAGUCUGCAUGCCAUGCUGAGGAGCCGAAUUGCCACAGUCAGGUAUGGGCAAAGUUUUGAACUCGUCUGCCAAGUGAGCGCCAACUACAGCCUUGAGGAGGUGCCGGCGUCUGUGCGGUGGCUCUUCCAGCCCAGCCCACCCACCAGCCCCUACCAUGAGCUGGUCCAGGUCUUUCCCAAUGGCACUGUGGCCUGGGUGGCAGCGCAGUCACGCUUCAAGGAGAAAGCCCAGCUGAUGAAGGCUGACACCUCCUUCAGGCUGCACAUCCACAGUGCCGUGGCUGCCGACGAGGGGACGUACCAGUGUGAGGUGGAGGUCUGGAGGAGGAACGUCCUGCCCCUGGGGCAGCCAGCGGCCACCACCAGCUCCAAUCCUGUGGGGAUAAAGGUGGUGCUGCCAGAAAGCAAGCUUCGGGUUUCCACGGAAGACAGUUCUGUGGAGGUUGCCAGCAGUGCUGACACAGCCAUCGAGUGCCGGAUUGUGUUUGCCCAGAAUAAUUCACAGCUCGCUGUUACCUGGUACCUCCUGCCUCCUCUGGCAGAUGGGACCCCCCUGCAAAUCAUCAGGGCCAACUACGGCGGCGUACUGGAAUACGGGCCUGAAUUCAGCUCUCCUGCCCAAAAGUCCCGGUUCCUGAGCCAGAGGGUGUCCAGCAACGUCUUCUGGCUCCAGAUUCUGUCUGCGAACCUCGGGGACCGGGGCAGGUACUACUGUGUGGUAGAGGAGUGGCUCUGGCUGGUGGAUGGCUGGUACAAACUCGGAGAGGGAACAUCGGGAAGGACCACACUGGAGUUCAAGCUCCCAGAGCGUGAGCUGCAGGCGGACAAAACCAACCGCAGCCUCUCGGCGAGGGAGGGCGAGGAGGUGACGCUGCCCUGCCUGCUGCAGGGGGCCCGCCUGCCCGGCACCCACCUCUCAGCCACCUGGUUCCAGGUGAAGAAGAGCGGCUUCGACAGUCCCCUGCUCGCCCUCCACCACGACGGCACCAUCCAGCUCCCCCAGGAGGGCCGGGCCGGGAGGCUGUACCUCCGCCGCCCCGCGCCCGGUGACUUCAGCCUGACGCUGACCCGCGUGGAGAGCAGCGAUGCUGGGCUCUAUUACUGCCAGGUGCAGGAAUGGCAGCAGCAGGGCGAGGGGCAGGACUGGGCUCUGCAAGCCUCGGCACGCUCAGGGUACACCCAGCUCAGCACCAUCCCGCCAGAGUCAACUGUUAUGUCUAGGAUCUGCUCAUCCCCAUCACUGCUGAACUUCAUCCUAUGCUUGCCACUGGUUCUGAUCCUUCUCCUGGCCCUUGCUGUCUCCUGCUGGUACUGCAAAUACAGAAAAAACAAGAAGGGCAACAUCACAGGAAACCAGCUGAUGGAACUGGAUGGGAAUGGAGAGGUCAAGACAACUUAGCUGGUUUAUAGAGGCAGAUGUAACUUGAAGGAGUGGAGCUGGACACUUUUAAGGAGGACUGAGUACUUGCAGAGGGGCUUUUUACUGUUCUGUAGUAACUCUUGCAGUGAAUCCUUGAAAUUGUAUGUUUGCUUUCAAUGGAAUGAAGCAGCUUUGAAUUACUACACAAGGGGUUUAGGGUUUUCAUAACAAGUGUUCCUGUCUCUCGGGUUAGAUACCCACCCAUUUCACACUCUGUUCAUUGUGACAUAUUUGAGGUCCUUGAAGUACACAUCUCCCACUGUGGGUGGAAGUGGUGUUAUUCCUCGGCAGGAAUAAGGAAAAACACCAAUUCUUUUUGCUCUGUGACACAAAAGUAUCAAAUUGCUACUUGUUUUAGACAUCUUGACAAAAUCUAUGUGGUAUGCAGGCUAAAAAAGCAGUGGCAGAGCUGGUAAUGGAGUAUUGGUGUCCCAUUUAAGUCACUGCACUUGCCUUUGGCCACCCUUUGCUCAGGAAGUUCUUUUCAUGUUCUUGAGAGCACCUGACCCAAAGAGCAUCUUCUCCAAAAGGAAAUGGGUCUUCAUCACAAAAUCUGUCACUGGAACAUGGGGACAGAGCAAGGCUGGCUGGGUCUGAAGAAAGUACAGAGCAGGGGCACUACAGCCAUCUGCAAAAAAACCAAAACCUGUUGGCCCAAUAAAGGACUCUCAUGGAGUCUUGCAUCCCAGAGGGAAGAAGGGGACACCAAGCCAUCUUGGAGAUAAGUGUACAAACUUUCCAGCUCCUUCCUUUGCUGGGACAGCUGUAGGAGAAGACAGCAUCCAGGCCCUCAUGCCUGGGCUGUCUGUGGGUCAGGAAGCUGCACACCUGGGACCUGGUACUGGACAUGUCCAGUUUGUUCCAUGUAAUAAAAAACCCAUGUGUGUGUCUGUGGGGUAGCUCCUCUGUGCUCUGGAAUCCAGCUCGGGCUCACCUUUUCAAGGCUGAGGAGCUCUGCUACCUGAAGAUUGUCUGGUUGAUGCAUUAGAGGAAAGGAGAUUUCUAUCCAGUCCAUGUAAGCCAGGGGAUAUUGAACCUCUAAUUGUGCAAAGUGAGUUGUGGUCUCAGUGAGUUGGAAAGUCGGGUGUCAGGGUAACACUCAAAGCACUGUCCUGAGACAAAAGCAGCUGCAUAGAUAUCACAGCAGACAUUUAUGAACCUGCUUCCUUUGACCAGAGAGUGGUUUGGAGACACCAUAACCCCUCUAGAUGAUCUGUUCAUGUCCUUUGCUUUCUUUACAAAUAGAAAAGCUGCCUGUCCUUUAUCCUGAAGAACUGAUAGGUGCUUCAGUCCCUUGAAAAUGCACGUUUUCCACACUUUUGAAUAGUACUGCUCCCAUUCUGCUGUUCAGCCCCCUCUGUCUGUACUGGCCAGCUUGUUCAGUCUUUCCCCAUGGGAUGUGUUUUCUGGACCCGGUGCAGCUUUUCCCUUUGCUGCCCUGACCCCAGCCGUCUCUGCCACAGUGUGAGCGCUCAGAGCUGCACGUGGGGCUCUCUGUAGAGGUUUCCCCCCUGCCUUGGGGGUUAUGUCCCGUUUACACUUCCCAGUGGGGCGUUUGAUUUUCUGUGUGUGUGUGACAGCGUGGCACUGUUUGUGCUUGGCUCGCAGUCGUCGGGCUCCUCUCCUGCAGAUUUGCUGUCUAGCAAGUUGUUUCUUCACUGUAUGUUCAGGCUGUUGGUUUUUCCUAUCUAAUUGAAGCACUGUUUGCGUGGGCCUGUCAAACAGUUUUCCACACCGUUUUGUGAAAAAUCCUGCUGUCUGUUUGUCUCAGCCCUGUCUUGGUAAUGCUUUAACUCAUGGACCCGUUUUGGUCUCUUCCACAGAGAAGCAGAUGCUCCCAGGACAUGAAACUCCUGCAAGUUUCAUGAAAAGUGGGUGAAAGAGAGGAGGCAGGCGAGUUGUCCCAGCAAGGGGCAGCAGUGUGAGUUGGCUGCCUGGUGCCUGGCUCAUAUUUGAGGGGUACAGAAAGGAGAAGUAGGUGUGUUAGGGCACAGCAAAAGAAAGAAGGAACCACUUUUGACUAAGAAUUAUUAACAAUAAAUCUAUGCACAUAGUUUAUCUGCCAAUUUUGUGCUGCUCCUCCGUGUUCUCGUUUGGGUUGUUUCCUCAGCUUGCCCAAGAGUGCCUUGGGAGCAUGCUUCACAAACCUUGGUAAAAUCAAGAAUAUAUGAUGCCUACUGCUUACCUCUUCCCCACAAGGCUUUCAGUCUUCUUGCAAAGGAGGUAGGUAGGUCUGACGUGCUCUGGUUUUGUUUAAAACAGACAAACAAAAAGCUUUUUCUUUCUUUGUGCUCCUCUAGGUGCUUGUGAGUACUUUGUCCCUGUAUCUCCCUAAGGAUUGCAGUUAAGAAGAUGAGGGUGUUCAGGUUCCCCUUACUCUUAAAUAUAAUUUUGCCCUUUUCUUGUCACCUGUUGUCUCACACCUCCUCAGGUGUUAUCACAGAGAACCACUAACAGGUAGCUUGACAGCCCAUUCUUUGUGUGGCUUAGGAUGAACCUCAUCAAGACUAUCUAUCUAGUAAAAAAUCUGACUUACUGAGGUUGCUGCUCAUUAUAGGAGUGCUGGGGACAGCCUCUACCAUUCUGCCAUCUGAUCUUCAGGUAAAAAGCUGCAGGCUCUGCUGCAAUGUGAGAUUUUUGUGUCUGGUGAACUGGGGGGGAAAAAGGUGGUCAGAGAGAGAGAAGUUUCUCUUUCAACAGGGCCGUUUCUUCUCCUGUCCCGUUUUGGUUCACUUAAUCAAGAGGCCUUUGUAAGUAUCAACUUCAUAUUCACGCAGGUUUAGAGGUUUUUAAGUUUGUAAGUGUGCCCAUGGUCUUGAUGAAAGGGUCUGGAAGAAGAAUGUGUGGGUUUGCAGUGGUGAGGUUUUUUCAUCUUUAUUUUUUUAUUCCUGGCUUUGCUGUGUCACCACCAUACCUUUCAGCUUUAUUUUUAAGGUGUAUUUUUUUCCAUGAGUGAACUCAGAAGGAGUUGUAGCUUAUCACAGUAAAAUCUCUAAAAGAGUCCUGUUUUCAAAGAGGACAUUUCAGUCAGCUGAGGUAAAUGUAUGAGAGGGAGAGAGAUGUGUGUGCCUGCUAGAUCAGGGGGAUGGUGUUGAUUUUGCUGCUGGGGCUCUUGGCCACCUUCACCCAGCCCCGUUGCCAACCUUUUGUUCAAAUCCAGCCCAUGAUAUAACGUAGAACAGCUGAUAAAAUAUAUAACUAGCUGUCAUAGCCCCUUGGGAGAAAACAGUGCAGCAGCACAGACACUGCAGCAGCAGAGCAGUGCCCCCAUUGCACCCUGUCCUCCAGAUGUGCCCUUGCCCAGGGAAUGCCCUGUGUGAGAGCAGCACGAGGCAGGAAGGCCCAGGGUCCUUUCACAGUUUUAAAGCAGUUUGAAGGGGCUACAGGGCAACACAGAGCUCGGUCCAUUAUGAAUUAAUCCACUGGGAAGUGGUUGCAUGUGGCUAUAAAAACACAAACGCUGUGUUGUGUGUGGAAGGUUUCCACAGGAGGGUGUGGGAACUGUAAGGCAAGGGGAGAGCAGCACAGGCAGUGCCUGCCAGGAAAGGCAGCCCACCCCUACGGCUUGGCAGCCCCUCACUGUUCAUAAGAGGGAUGAUGUGAGGGUGGGAUGGAUGGGAGUAUAACCCCUGCAUUGCAUUGCCUCCCUGGAAUGCUUUUAUGGCACCUGCCUUUGGGCAGGAGUCAGGCCAGUGCUCAGUCACUCCUCAAACAUGAACUGGGACAAAGGAUCGUGGCAGUGGCUCUCACCUGCAGGGGGGUGCACUGAGGACCUUUCUGUGCAAGGCUCCUCUAUUCUGCAGGGAGGGAGGAUGGCUGAGUGACGAGCUGGUUGCUGUGCAGGAGUGCCAGGAAGUGAUUUGCAAGCAAGGAGACAGUUUGUGGCUGAUGGCUCAGGGUUUCCUGGCCUGCCCUGUUUCCUUGGAGCAGAGGGCACAGCAGCAGCGUGCUGUCCUGUACUGCCAGGGCAAGGCUGCUGAGGAAGGUUGCCAAACUUCCAAUAAAUUAUUCCAAACGAAUGGCUUGGAGUUCUCCUGGGAUGUCCCCUCUCAAGCAGCAUCUCUUCAUUACUUCCUAUUAAC